ACCCCGGAUAAAAGAAAUAAACCGACGGAAUACUUUAAACAUCUUUUAGUCUAUAAAGACGGCCGAUUUGCUCGUCAUCGACGGUGGCAUUACUUUGCUUACAUAAUCUAAUGCCUAAUGGAAAAAAUUCUGUAAACACAGAAACAGUCCAGGAAGCUGCCAGACGCCAACUCCUUCGCUUCGCAGACAAUAAUCUCCAUAUUGCUGCAUAUUUCUUUGAAAAAGCGAUCUGGGAAGUGUUAAUUCCUAAAUGGGAAUUAGUUGACUGGUGGUAUCGAUUUGAGUGGCAACAUCAUGGUAGUGUUCAAGUUCAUGGCAUUGCCAAGCGAAAAGAAGCACCAGAAAUUGAUUGGGAAAAGAUGAAAAAUAAUGAUGAAAUUAUGGAAGAAGUAAAACACUGCUUGGAUUCUUUAGUUACAACAAUCAAUCCCGACCUGCAUGCAUCUCCUUCUGAUUGAUACCUAGAACUGACAACUGCCAGAAAUGAUCCACUUAUAAAUCCUCAUGAUCGCAUUCAAUUACAGGGAUGGAGUGCAAAUGUUGAUUUGAUACCCAUCCUUACCACGCAGUAUGUUUCG